ACAGAGCCAAACGUAAAAAAUCAAAGAUGCUCCUUUAUCAUUUGCCUCUUCUCUUUGCAUUUGUCUCAACGGCUGAAUUGGCCACUCUCCUGAAAGGCCGGAAUUUGACCAGCGUUGAAGAGCGCUUAUCUAGACUGGAGCAGACGAUAGAACGUCGACUGAACGCCACAGAGCAAAUCCUUGGACAGCUAUUGACAGGGAGAAGUGAUGCCGAUCUGUCAUCAUUGGAUGUUCUUGCUAUCAGAUAUGGUGUUCUGGUCGAUCAGACAGAUCCUGUAUUUUUUUCUGCAUACAAAUCCUCAGGAACUAGCGGUAUCAGUACCCGGACAAUCAUAAGAUUUGAGCAGACGUACAUCAACAUAGGAAACCAUUACCACACUGAAGACGGAAUCUUUAUUGCUCCCAUGACGGGCAUCUACAUGUUUCACUGGACCAUAGCCACAGGAGGCACUGAUUUUUAUACCCAGCUGAUUGUUGGAGGUACAGCACAGGCUUCAAAUUAUGUGCCGCACCCAGGGGGACCAGACUCCAGCUCAGCGAUGGUGAUUAUAAAUGUGAACAAAGAUGACCACAUCUGGAUACAGAUUUACGGUUCUAAUGAGCAUGUAUAUGGCGGAAGUCAUGGUGAAGGAAAUAUUCAAUCGACAUUCACUGGAAUCCUUCUAAGAAAAACAUAAUAUCGUGUAAUUUUCCUUAUGAAAAGUUCUGCUGCUCAAGAUAAAAGAAGAUAAUUAAAAUAAUUAAAAUGUAUAAGCAUACACAAGAACCCCCCCCCCCCCAACACACACACAAAGUGAUAAAGAUAACAUGUUCUACAGUAACGGAAAGUGAACUGGUAUGAUUACUAGAGAUAUAUUAUAAAAGUUUAUGAAUGACAAAUUAUUUAUUAUUCAUCUACUUCUGUAAAAUUAUCUGUUCUAAUUUUGAAAUCUGUAACUGAAGUUUGUUUUAUUUACAUGUAUGUUUAGAAAUGCAUUUUUGCACACACUACCGGUAGUCCUUUCCUGCCUAUCAAUGUGAUUUACUCAUGUGUUUUAUCAAAAUUAUGAUUACGGUUAGGAUUUUGAUUCCUUCAGUAUGCUAUGAUAACAUGUAGUUCCUUGUAAAUUAAUGUCAUAUUGAUUUCCCCUGUUCUUGCAUAUCUUUCUUAUUAUCGGCAGGUCAGUUUGAAAGUGUGCGGAGUAGUCAAAAAUUACAUGUGUGAAUUUGUGUUUCAGUCAUUUUCAAAAUUUGUGUUGAAAUUCAUUUUCCCCCUAAAAUAUUACAUGUAUUCAGACGUGAAAAAAUCGGAACUUUUAGCAGUGUUUUAUCUUUGCAAAAGUAUAAGUUUACUAGUAUUUGCAGAAUUAAUCAUACCACGAGCUGAAGAGUAUUCUCCAUCUGAUCACUGUUAAGCAAAUUGUCCACAAACGCAGUUGUAUGCUCUGUAGUUUUUCUAGAUUAUUUUACAAAAAGGUUGAAGGGUAGUGUUUAAAUAGUAUUUAAAUUAGAAGAAAAUAUUUGCCUGAUGUGUUUGUUAAUUAAAGACUUAAAGGAA